ACCAUUUGCGAGGCAUUCAAGACACAUGUGAUAAUGAGAGUGAGGAUGAUAUGAAUGUUAAUAUAUCGAGACAUCGAGAAACCAAUAAUGCAAAUACACUGUUAGCCACUGGGGUUUUCACUUCUGCCGAGCUCUACCGGCUCUCUAAAGCCUCUAUAAUACAACCGCAAUCACCAGGACUUCCACAUGUGAUAAAACUGGAGCCAAACGUCGGUUCCUAUUAUUGCAAUAACUAUUCGCCGGACGAUCCGAACGACACGUUAGCCGUUUCCAUACCGGUGUCGAACCUGUCGUCCGGGGGCGCCGGCAACGUGUCGGUCAUGACCAGCGCCGGCCAUAACACGCACCUAACCAUCAGCCACACGGCCUCCACGUCUAGUCCGGGCAGUGAUGUGCAGCACCAGCACCACCACCACAACACCAAACGCCAGCGCAGGCUCACCACUCAAGACGAUACCGAUCCGGACAAGGGUUCCAGUGAUUUGCAAUAUUACGCUCAGUCGUGGCAGACCGAUAUGUCGGACCACGUGCCCGGUCCACAGCACCUCCAUAUGUCGCCACACGUCAAGAUCAAACAGGAAGUGCUGCCUACCGGACAGCACUACCACUGCUCACAAUCACCUAAAGAAUUGUCUAAUAAAUCGAUUAAUGAUUCACAUCAUAGGGAAGGUAUAGCCAAUCAACUGAAGGACUCCUAUCUAUCGCACUCUCACUCCCCGGUACUGACCUCAUCGUCGGGCUCCGGGCUAUCUAUCGGUCAGAUAUCAUCACAAAACGCUUACUAUUCACUGCCUCCCGGAAAGUAUCAGGAGAAUGGGGACACCCUUUCAGACUUUGUGAACCUGGUCUGUCAGGAGGCCCAGAACAAUGGCAACGGACCUCAGGGUCCGGGAAGUGAUAUGGACCCAAACCGAAGCCCCAAACAGAUGUCUAACGUACCGCACCAUCAGCCGCACCACCAUUACUACAACACCUCCAUCUCUAUGCUGCCGCCACCCCCGCCCGCACCCAUGGCCCGACCCGUUCCUAUAAUCCGGUCGCCGAUCGAGUCGUGU